AAAAAAAAGAAAUGACUGUCAGAGCGACUCGCGUCUGCAUUCAACGCGACGCUUUCGCGCGUCUCUCGGGUUAAGGUUAGGAAAAAAUCAGGUGCGAAAAGCGUGGUGCAACGCAACCACAAGGAAACUACUUCCUGUGACAUUUAGCGUUCUCAGAUGUUGAGUAUAUUGUUUCAAAGCGCCGUGGGGAUCGAGAGAAAAAUCCAACGAUGGAGGUGAAAACGGGGCAAACGAGGAAAUUGCUGGAGCUUCUGCGGCAGCAAGUGGACAAGUUGCAUCUAUUGCUGACUACCGCUCCCGUCAAUCCGUCAGAGAUUUUGACCGCAAAGUCGGUACUCUAUGAGCAACUGCAUUCUUUAACUCAGAGAUUCAACAAUUUAACAGGCGACGAUAAUUGCGACUAUGAGGAGGCAAAUGUAAAGUUUGCUGAUGCAGCAACAAAUUUGAAAUAUGUUUCUCUAUUGAAAAAUGUUGACGAGCUUAUUAAGGAUAUUAAAUAUGACAAUACUGAUAGCAAUGCAGUCAAACAUAAGAUGGAAUUACUGCUCGAUAAUCUCGUGUUAGCUUUACGAACAUUAGAAGAAUUAGAGUGCUUGCCGUUGAAGCAGAGACUUCAGGACUGUCUGGAUUACGUUAGAGAAAUGAGCACAGCGAACGAGAUUGAGGAUCUUCAAAAUAUUAAGGAACUGGGCACUUCAAUAUUGGAGAUACUCGAACCACUGCAGAAUUACAGAAAAAGUUUAGUGUCUGCUUUCCUGUCACAGAAACUAGCUUUAUAUACCUCUCAACUGUGCACGUCAUUCGAGAUGCUAGUACAACUGGCUCAGGAGCAGCAUCAGUUAAACGCGCCGAUUUACGCUUGCAAGAAGUACGUUUGCGAGAGAACGUGCACGUGCUGCGAAAUGAUUUUAAACUUGUUGAACGGUCCCAACCCAUCGCCGGAAAAGGAAACUUGCGAGAGGGAGAAUCAUUUCGUCUACAGAAUGGAUUUGGCAUUAGACAUUAUAUUAGAAAUACCGGGCAAAACGCGCGAGGAGCAACUAUCCGAAUGCGCGGAACUGUGGUUGAGACUGGAGGAUGUCUUCUCUCAUGCUAUGGCAAUUACUCAAGUGUGUCAGCCGUAUAAUUUUAAAGCCAUAACUGGUUCGUGCCAGUCCGUAGUGUUGGAAUACGAGAAACUAAAACAGCAAUUACUGUCGGAAAUCCCAGAUCCGGCGUUAAACAAUUUGUUCACGCAUACCUUGACUGACGCGCUUCAUCGUUUGGAACGUAAAGUUAACAUAGCUGUAUUAACGCUCGCGAUGGAGGUGUUCAGCAAUCCUUACGCGGCUUUGAAGAAACUCGUUAUGACGUGCGGAAAUUCGUUGAGCGCGAAAAGAAGAUCGAAGAGUGAUUUAAACGAUCUCAUAGAAGACUUUGAUCAACUCUUUGAUCAAACUGUGCAAAUUGGAAUAUUUGCGAUCGCUUGUUGCAAAGACAAGAACCGCAAUAACAAAAUUCGUAAUUGUCUCGCAGGAUUCGAGUCCUUAGAAACUGAAUUAAUUUCUGCUAUAACUUCCUUCUAUCUGCAUCCAGAUAACAAAGAAAUGCGUUCCAGUGUCAAGUUGUUGACUACGCAAUGGCAAAUAGAGAUGAAUAAGUUUCAGAAUGCCGUAAAUCUCAUUAUAAACUCGGCUGCCUUCUGUCAAGUAGUUAUGGACGAUCUUCAAGAACGUAUAAGAACAAUCUCGGAUUGUCUGGAUAACAGAGAGCCAGUAACGCAGCUUCAGGUGCAAGGUAUCGUUCAGCGUGCUUCAGCUUUAUCUAGUCAAGUUACAGCGAUCGUAGACGACAUUGGUCCUGAAAACAUCGAUUGUCAAACGAUAAUGAUGACAAGAGAAUUAAAAGCAGCUAUAUAUGAAGCCAACAAAGCUGCAAAAACUCUUCUGGUGGAAAACGCAACGGAGCCUCAACAGUUGCGGGUGAUAAAACGGUGUGAAUUAAUAUUAAAUGUCGUUCAAAGAUUGCAGCCCGCCCUGUCUAUAAUUAUAAACAAUACGACGCAUGAAAAAUCUGCGAGAGGCCAAGGAGAUUCCAGUCAUGGUAGCGUAUCAAAUGCCAUGAAUUUUCCAUCUACAAUUUACGGUUUGCCGCGCGAUAAAAAUAGUUCGGUUUACAUUAGAACGCCCUAUUCAGUAAAAACGCACAAACCGCAGGUAUCCAUUCAACCGGCAAACAGUAUAGUACAAAAACCGUCGGAUUUGUCAUAUUUGAUACCUUACAUAAGGAACGGCCGUACAUUGCGCAGCGAGCAUUCCAUUAUGUACAAUACGCCGCAUAAGAACAAAAAUAUAGCGGAGCCAGCCGUUAAAAACGAGAUAUCCCCUAGGAAUCUGUCUAACAUUAGACAACAUCUUUUUAGCAGAGAUAGCUUCAGCAUUCACGUCGACUUCGACAUAGCUGAAGAAAGCAUGGAUUUAACAGCUGCCUUAGCGAAGAUAACUUCGUCGUCCACGUCGGAAAAUGCAACGUUCUCGUCGUGCCAAUUGUCAGAAGUAGAAAACGUAUCUUCACAGAACGUAAAUAAGAAAUUGGCUUUCAACAUCGUGGAAAAACUAUGCCAAACUGGUAGGCCAGAAACGGAAAGCUGUUUAAUUGAGUCCGAGAUAACGGAGAAGAUAGGAAAAUGUACCAUAUCUGGUGGCGGUGACGCGUCUCUGAUCAUGGAGUCGUGUCAAAAGCUCAAUAGCGUUCGAUCUCCAAAUAAAAUACAAAAUUCGACCUCGGGGCAACAUGAGGUAUAAAAGGAGACUAUAUUUUUUUUUUCAAUGUUGAACAUUAAGUAUUAACGCAAUUUUUUAAUAGCAUUUAAGGUGACGGUUACAUCAAUGUGUAAUUAUAAGCGAAUUACAAUGUCGAUUACACGUAUCGUUACAUAAUAAUUACAUUAAUAAAAUUUUAAAUUUCAAUUGUAAAUGUUAAAUAUCAAAAUAUUUAUUACGAUAUAAAAGAGGUUGAAACAAAUUCAAAAGAAAUUCUUCUUUUCUGCAUUUCCUUUCAAAACUGCGGAGG